GCGGGACCCGGCAGGGUGGGGCGGGGCGGGAGCCGAGUAAGGAGAAGGCGGCAGCGGCUAGCAAGCAGGCGGUAGGCGCGGUCCCUGCGAGCAGGCGAGCAGCAGCAAGACGCAGCCACCUUCCUCACCAGCCAGCCGACAGCGGUUUAUUCCCUUUCUCGGGAGUGCGCCAAUGCCUGGGCCGACCCAAACCCUGUCCCCAAAUGGCGAGAACAACAACGACAUCAUCCAGGAUAACGGGACCAUCAUUCCUUUCCGGAAGCACACAGUGCGCGGGGAGCGAUCCUACAGCUGGGGAAUGGCAGUCAAUGUGUAUUCUACCUCAAUAACCCAAGAGACUAUGAGCAGACAUGACAUCAUUGCCUGGGUUAAUGACAUAGUAUCUUUAAACUACACAAAAGUGGAACAGCUUUGUUCAGGAGCGGCCUAUUGCCAGUUCAUGGACAUGCUCUUUCCAGGCUGCAUUAGUUUGAAGAAAGUAAAAUUUCAAGCAAAGUUGGAGCAUGAGUAUAUUCACAAUUUUAAACUUCUGCAAGCAUCAUUUAAGCGAAUGAACGUCGAUAAGGUGAUUCCAGUGGAGAAGCUAGUGAAAGGACGUUUCCAGGACAACCUGGAUUUUAUUCAGUGGUUUAAGAAAUUCUACGAUGCAAACUAUGAUGGGAAGGAGUAUGAUCCGGUUGAGGCACGACAAGGCCAAGAUGCAAUUCCUCCCCCUGACCCUGGCGAACAGAUCUUCAACCUGCCCAAGAAGUCACACCAUGCAAACUCCCCCACAGCAGGCGCAGCUAAAUCAAGUCCAGCAUCUAAACCAGGUUCCACACCUUCUCGUCCUUCGUCUGCCAAAAGGGCUUCAUCCAGUGGCUCAGCAACCAAGUCUGAUAAAGAUUUAGAAACACAGGUCAUACAGCUUAAUGAGCAGGUACAUUCAUUAAAACUUGCCCUUGAAGGUGUGGAAAAGGAAAGGGAUUUCUACUUUGGGAAGCUGAGAGAAAUUGAGCUGCUCUGCCAGGAGCAUGGGCAGGAAAAUGAUGACCUCGUGCAGCGACUAAUGGAAGUGUUGUAUGCUUCAGAAGAACAUGAGGGCCACACAGAAGAGCCAGAAGCAGAGGAGCAAGCCCAUGACCAGCAGCCCCAACAGCAGGAAGAGUACUGAACCAUCUUGGCAGCUCAUGACACUUCCGUUGUGCAUGGGAACUUUUCUUCUGGAGAAUUGGAAUGUGCGGCCUCAAGCUCAAGAGAAACCAGUUGUUCCCAAUCUGCCGUUAACCAUCAACGCACUGUUGCAUAUGCCAGCCACUGCACUUGGUCCCCAUUUCCUUUGCCAAGAUGCAUUAGCAGACGGCCAUUCUGCCGCCUGCCUGAGAGAUCAUAGGGUCACAGACCUUCAACUUCACUUGGCUGCUUGAGAUUGAUUCUGCUCUUUUCCUCAUUUCUUUCCAGAGCAACUCUUCCCUGCCCUGAAACUACCACCACCACCACCACCACCACCCCUUUUUAUCCUGGUGUGAAACUAUAGUAAUUUGAUAUAUGGUAUUUAUAUUGGCAUUUCUCAACCCAGUGUCACUAGAUGUCACAUGCAUUUGUGGUGCUUUGAUGUUUGCAAGUCUAACUUCUGAACAUGAAUUUGGUCAAAUAAUUGGAACAAAGGGAAACAGAUACUUGAUAUGAAAGCCAUAAUGACAGUGACUUGUGUUGGGGGAAAAACGUAGGGUCAGUUCUUCCCUCUACUCACAACAAUAAAAGGAAAAAAAUUGAUGCGAAACUAGGACUUCAAGGCCCAGCCAGUGUUCAUAGAGCAGCAUGUUAGACAACCACACAGUAUGAUGUUAGUUUUGAAAGACAUUCACUCAAGGAAAACACUAUCUCAGCUUUUCCCUGUCUCUGCUCCUGCCCUCCUGCCUGCCUCCCCAAUUCCUGGGUUCUCAUGUUAUUUUCUUUCUCAGGGUCCUCUUUGGUGGGCAGCCACUCUCCCCAAAGUGUCAUCAGUUAUCUUUAGUCUGAAGAGGGUCUUGGUGGGUACAGAUCCUCCUGCCUCAUCCCUCUUCCUCCUCACAUGGGUUUCAGCCCAGAUCCUGUCAUUCACACUAGGGAGUUCUUCCCGAAGGGCAGCUUCCAGGUGUGCAGCUUGAGCUGCAUUGGGCUCCACAUCAGAUUGCACGCUGGCUGAAAGGCUGGACCCAAAGACCUCAUUCAGAGGAGCAUUCGUUCCAAGGGAGAAUCAUAGUUCUGCGGUCUGGUGUUGACACUGGAACAACAGCACAGAAAAACGUAUGACUCCCAGUAUCUUCUGGAAUGAGGAAUUUCCCCUAACACAAGGGCCCUCCUUGUCAUUGACAUUUGCUAAACCAUGGCAAUUCAUAAACAGAGGAAACAUUAAUGAAUUAAAAGCAUUCCUUAUUUUUUUAACUAAUAUUUGCACAUUUUCUUAGUCUCUUUCCAAAAUCUUUGCCUCUUUUUUCCCCCUUUUAACAGAUGGUCUCCCUUCCUGGAUCAUUCAUUUCACGCGGUUUCUAACUUUAGAUUUACUUUCUUAUUAGCAGGUGCAUCAAAAAUAAGAAACAAAUGUGACCACCCGACUCUCUGCUUAAUUGAAAAGCUUAAAAUAAAUUUCUGAAUAAUGUAUUAUAAAACUUUGAAAUUUCUUUAUUGAUGAAAUAAUUCUAAAUUUUAGCAUUGAAGCUUUGCACCAAAAGAAGUCGUUCCAAAAUAAAUCUUUUGCAGCAAAGUGGUAUUUAUUGAGUUAUAUGUGGAAAAGAUGGCUUGUAUUUUUGAGAUUAUUACAACACACUGUGCAGAAUUGAUGUGCAGAUGUUCUGUGGUGUUUGGUUUCCCUUUCUUCUCUCUCCUGCUCGCUCUGCACUAUAGCAGCAGCUCAUUUCUCAGGCUAGAAAGCUUGGCUCCCAGCAGUGACAUCCUCCCACACCUGGUUAUAGGUAGUGGUCGUGCUAUGUACGACAUCAUGCUUAACGGUGUAUUGCCCCCUCAACCCAUUGUACUCAUUGACUGUAAAAAUAGCUCUUGUAAAGAGGCACAAUAAAUAACUCCUUGCAGAUACUAUCCGUGGUUCCUAGGAUAUUCUUCAUCUGCCCUGGACGUCUCAGUAGUACCCAGUGCCAGGUGGUUCAUGACCACACCCCUAUCAUGUGGAUGCACAUGAACAGAUACCAGGGAGUCAGGAUCCCAUCUUCUCCAAAACCACUUGACACUAUUAUUUCCAUACACCUCUGAUGACUCUUGCUGGAACCAUUCCAUUCCUCUCCAACUCCGCAACCUUCUAAGCUAUAGAUACCGGCAGGGACCUCUCCCAGGAGCUGUAUUCCAUUGUCCUUUCAACGGCUUGGGGCAGACCAUUUAGAGAAGAGCUAUGAAUUCCUCUUUCUGUUCCCAUCUUAAAAAUCUUCUGUUGGGCUGCACCCCAGAUAAUGUCAUGGAUGCUUUGGGGAAUCUUAACACCUGUUUCAGAGUCAGUCAGUCUUGGGCUGCAACCCCUGCCUAUAUACAACCACCACUCGCUUCCUGGGUGGUGGGCCCCAUCAUGGCUCUCAUCUUACAAUUCAGGGCACGCUUCCUCCACGCCCCGCACCCAGUCACAUGUCAUUGUGCUCGGUGGACAGGUAUCCCUAGGUGUGUGCCCUGCUCCUCCCAUCUCAGGAAGAUUGACUUCUUUCUUACUAUCACUUCAUGCCCACUGUUGGCUGGUUGUAGCGCUUCCAUUACCACUGUCAGAUUGGAAGUGAUCGAAGUAGGGAGCAAAGAGAAAGCUCGUGUUCAUUCUAAGCAGAAAAGCAGGAAAAACAAAAAGACAAACACCCUAUUGACCCAAGAGAAGAAAACUCCAGAAGGGAACCAAGAAUUCCUCCCUUCCCUGGUGAGUAUUUCCAUUUUUCCGUUACGGUUUAAUAUGCAUUCAGAUUACUUUUACUAAAUAGUACACCAUAAAACUUUUGUUAUAUAUUAAAUGUAAACUGAAAGGAAUGUAAACAUAUGUAUUGUUAAUUAUAAAUAUAGAUAAGUAGUGGCAUAACAGAUGAAAAAAUCUUAUUCAGAUGUAUCACAUUCAUGUUACAUUACCCACCUACUGUCGCAUGGUAGAAUAGUCUUUUGUCUGAAUAUGUGAAUAACUUGACUUGCAUUGAUCUUUUUACAUAUUUAA